CGUUUUUUUACGAAACAAGUGAAGAAGACGUAACUGCUAGAAAAUGGCUUUGGGACGAAGCUAUUUGUUCGGUUAAUGUAAAUACACCCCCAAGAGGACACUGGAGAGCGAGCGAAGAUAACGUUACAAGAAAGCUUUUUUCUUCCUUUUAAAGGAUGAUGAGCCAGCGGCGUGGGAUCCAUCUGGACCAAUCAGAGCUGCUUUGCAAAAAAGGAUGUGGGUUUUAUGGCAACACUGCUUGGCAAGGCCUGUGCUCAAAGUGUUGGCGAGAAGAAAAUCAGCGAGAAAAGCAAAAACAGAUCCAGGAAGACUGGGCACUUGCUGAAAGGCUGCAGAGAGAGGAACAGGAAGCAUAUGCAAGCAGACAGCAGAGGACCCAAUCACAGCCCUCCAUAACCCCCUUUAGCAAGUUUGAAGAGAGAAAGACUAAAGAGAAGUCCAGCAAAGUCAACACAGUCACAAAGUUUUUUAUUCCAUCCACAAAAACACCAAAAAAAGAUGCUGCUCCUUUUGAGACACAGUCCAGCCCGAGCCCCAGCUCAUCAACAAGCCGCCAGUCCUCUGUGGACAGUGACAUCGCGACACGGGAGUUCAUUGAUUUUCUUAAGCCUCUGAAGUCUGGCAGGGAGAUCUUCAAACAGUGUCGGGCCUUCACUGAGAGCAUGGUCUACAAGAGGGACAUGGGAGCUCAUGAGCUGUCAGAGUGCGUGCAGGAUUUCUACCAGAACCUUUCAGAGCGCCUUCAGAUCCAGUUCAAAGGUUCAACUGAUCAAGUAGAGUGUAUUAUGGAUGAAGUGGAGAAGUACAUGAUGACUCGUCUCUACAAGGAAGCCUUUUGUCCAGAAACAACCGACGAUGAGAAGAAAGACCUGGCCAUUCAGAAGAGGAUCAGGGCCUUGCACUGGGUCACCAUUGAGAUGUUGUGUGUUCCUGUGAAUGAAGAGAUCCCUGAGGUUUCUGACAGCGUAGUCAAAGCCAUCACAGAUGUGAUUGAAAUGGAUUCGAAGCGUGUGCCCAAGGACAAGCUGGCAUGCAUUACUCGCUGCAGUAAGCACAUCUUCAAUGCCAUUAAAGUCAGCAAAAAAGAGGCUGCAUCUGCUGACGACUUCCUCCCCACGCUGAUCUACAUUGUGCUGAAAGCAAACCCUCCACGACUGCAUUCUAACAUCCAAUACAUCACUCGUUUCUGCAACCCCAGCAGACUCAUGACCGGAGAAGAUGGCUACUACUUCACCAAUCUGUGCUGUGCAGUGGCCUUCAUUGAGAAGUUGGAUGGCCAGUCUCUGAACCUGAGCUCUGAGGAGUUUGAGCUUUACAUGUCAGGCCAGGCAUCCCCACACUGGCCACUUACCACUGGAGCCUCCUCCUCUUCCUCAGGCAGCGCAGCUCUCAGUCAGGUCCAUAAACGGCUGGACCUGCUGACAGGGCUCGGGGAAAGGCAGGAGCGGGUAAUGGAGAAAGCUCGCCAGCUGGAGAGUGACCUUAUUGACUGGACAGAUGAAGUGGAGCAGAAAGUGCAGAGCGUUCUGGAGAGUUUUCCACCUGACACGCAAAAUCCUCCUGCGUCGACAGCAAGUGGGACUGCAGCAGCUUCAUCAGCAAUUGACUCUGAUAAUGUUGAGAAUGAGCUCCUGCCCCCACCACUGCAGCCACAAGUGUUUGCUGGUUGAUAUAAAGCACUUUGCAAAAAUUCCUCUAGAGGCUUUUUUCCACCCUCACCCUUUUCCCUCCCACUGUCUGAUACAGAUCCCAUUCCCACUCCAGGCAUCUUUGAUCCCUGCUUUGUCUUAGAAGCCAUGAAGCUAGAUGGUACAGUAGUGUAACUAUCAAAUGAAAGGACAACUUUGUCAUUCUGGGAUGAGCAUUUAGUUGGUUUCUUGCAAAGAGUAAGAUGAGAAGAUUGAUGCCACUCUCGUGUCUGAACAGUAAAUGUAAAUUUGCUUAGCCUAACAAAAUUCUCUACUACCAUUUUCACUAAUGAACAUGUUUUAUCAUAAAUUAGUUUGUACAAAAAUUGAAGGGUAGAAAUGUCACUUCAGCUUUUGUACAGAUUAUCAGUUCUGUGGUGGUGGAUAUUUGUCACCUGUGGACAGGGCAAGGCUGCCUGUUUCCACUCUUUAUGUUAAGCUAAGCUGACCAUGUCCUGGCUGCAGAUGUGAGAGUGGUAUGAAUACUCUUAACUCUCCACCAGAAUGCAAAUAAGAGUAUUUAAUAAAAUUUCAAACUCUUUCUUUAACAUCAGGUAACAUGAGGUGGCUUCCUAGAAGGCAAGAACACUCCAGGUGUUUUCUCCUUGAAGCAAAGUCAGUGGUCUAUCGCUGUUACAGUCUGCUCCCGUUAUACUUUUAGAAUGAGCAGACAUGCUGAUAUCCUCAAUCCAGCUGUGCAGUGGAGCAGAAUGACUCCAUUCCAAGUUCUUCCGAAACACAUCUGUCACUCACAGUGGCAUCUUCAGUACCUCAGCUCUUAUUCGUCCUUUUGUGUGCAGACAGGAAAAAUGGACAAUAUUUAAAUAUAUAAUAAUUCACAGCUUUACAGAUGAUUUUUUUUUUUUUAAUCGUAUGUCUCUGCGCUAUGUAGGGCCUCACUAUGUUGUAUCUAACGAAAUAACAAGAAUUUUCAUUACAUUUUAGAUAAGUGAUAGUGAACAACUCCCAGUGAUGCAAUAUUCAAUAUUCCCGUUCUCUAAAAUUAAACUCCAGCUCAUGCUUGUGCUGUAUUUAGUGUGUUUCCCAACCCUACAGAGAAAUGGUCAUGAAAAAGGGUAUGUGCGUGUGUUGCAGCUGUGCAUGAGAAAGUGCGCGUGUGUGUGCGCGCGCGUGUUGCAUGGAAAUGUUCCAUUAAUGUCAAAUCAGAAAGUCCUCCAGCUAUGUGUGUAGAAAUGCGCUUUUUCAUGGCAGACCUCAUUCCAGUCAUAACCUGGAUGUACAGAAGUGAUUUUAUUUUUCUAUACAGUGUUAAGUCAACACUUCCUCUGGAUGCAGUAGGAGAUGAUAAUCCUGUAAUAUUUACAGCAGUUAAAGAGCAUUGCUUGAAGACGUAUGCGUUUUAAUGAAUGAGUAGCUAACUUCUUAAGAGGGUGUUGUAAGCAGGUCUACUGAAAGAACAGCUUCAGGUGAAUGAAACGGACAUGGAAAAAUUGGUAUGUUGCUGUUUCCUGUUAAAAAAUGAGACAAAAUCACUCCAGAGGCUUGUGGCUUCUCUAGAGUGCAGAAGAAUCUAUGUAACCAGUUUAAUUUAUUUUAAAGCACUUUUGUUUGGUUUUAAAGCUCUUCAUUCAGAAUGAAGGAAAUAAAUGCUCUAAUUAGUGGAAAGGAUGAUUGGUGAAAGUGGCUUCACUGCCCAAAUUAAGUUCUAAUGUGUUUUUGGUUUUUGUUUUUCUUUUUUUUCUUAGUCUUAUUGUGAAAGAAACAUUUUAGGAGAGUUUGUUUGAACUAUUUCAAAGGCACAUUUUCCCUUUAUUAGGUUUGACUUUUGGUGGUUGUUAAUUUGCAACAGUGUAUUCAGUGUGCGGCUGCUGUCAAAUUUAAGUUUGAGAAAAUGCUCUUAAUGCAGAUUUAAACUAUAGCUUGAAUACAUUCUUAUUGCACUGUAUGCUGAAGCCAUUUAUCAGGUAUUUUAAAACAUUUUAAACUGCAUCUUUGUUACCUUUACAUGUUUGUUUUGUUGUGUGACAUGGGAGAAAUUAACACAAUACUGUCUUUUAUUUAAAUGUAACUUAUUGGGGCAGUGUUGGUAUAUUUGCGUCUAUGGGUGUGUGAUUAAUAAA